CUACGUCUACAGAUAUCAUUAUCAAUGUAAAUAAAAACAAACCCAAGGUCUGGACGGAGGAUCGACGAUAAAAGACACCCCAUCCCAAAACAUACCAAAACAGUCGCGGGUGGUAUCAAUGAAGCGUUUUUUCGGUUUUUUUUUGAUGGCUGUGAGACAUUGUGUGCAGAUCCAAGUGCGGUGCGUGUGUGUGGGGUGAUGACUGAAUGGUAGGGUGCUGCCAACGGGUAUUAUUAUAUGGGACGUGUGGAAUCAGGGAUCAGUGAUAGAGGAAGGUGGAGAAUAUUGAAAGAGACGGCGAGUGGUGGGUAGUGGCGAGCUGAGCUGGGGUGAGCGGUGCAGCCAUCUGUCAAUGGUCGUUAGAGGGAAACUGAGACUGGACUGGAGAACGAGGCCAACGCCCUGUUUUAUUAUUUCACAUUUAUGAAAGUGCAGACAAGAUACAUGUAUGUAGGAAGCGAAAAGGGUGUGAAAGUGGCAUCGAUCUGCUAAGCGACCAAAGACGCUGCUCUCGCUCGCUCACCAGGACAGACGAGAGAUGGUUGGGACUACGAACUGGAUGCAGCGGAGAGAGCGGCAAGUGCCAGUGCCUGCGUUGGAGGUGGAAAUGAUGGGAGGGAUCCAUCAAGUUCCACUCUCACCCACCUACGUCUCUCCUCGCUCUGCCCCCAAACCGCCCACCUUCAAGUCAAACACCUUCAAGGGUCUCCACAGCGUCUUUGCCAGAAAACCUGCACGCGCCCACUCCGCCACCUCCCUCCACUCUGCCUACUCUGUCUCCACACACACCGACUCCCUCCUCGACCCCCAUCCCUACGCCCCCAUGCCCCCCGCACCCCUCCCCGUCGUCUCCUCCCACGACGCCAUCGACGACGACGACGAGUGUCCCGUCUGUCUCGAACCACUCAGCUUCAGCUUCAGACUCCCAGGCGAGAAGCCCCAUGUCGUCCCCGAGUGCGCACACGCCCUCCACGAGGCCUGCUUCACCGCCGUAUACGGCCCUCCCCCAGGCCACUCCAGAUCCGCAGUCCCACGCAAGUCCAACCUCGGCGUCUGCGGUGUCUGCAGACGACCCAUGAAAAUCGGCGAUGGCGAUGGCGGCAAGAGCAACAAACUCGCCUCGCUCACCGGCGUCGACGGCCGCAACACCUCCGUCCUCUACCCCGGCCGCGACACCUCCUCCACCAGACCGGGCUCGUCCACCCCGCACCCCUACGACCCCACAGAGGACGACCCAAUAGACCACGCCGCCUCCGUCCGCUCCGCACCGAGCACCGACCAGUCCCACUACAUCGUCGCCCCCUCCAUCCAGGUCAGACCCGAGUUCUCCUCCCUCUCCCGCACCCCAGACGUCAGCCAGCCCCUCACCUGCAUCGUCGUCAUCGAGCUCCCAGCCCGCAGGGGACAGAGCCACAUCCCUGGCCCCGUCAUCCCAGACGCCUACAGCCCCCGCCGCGACACCGACCACCUUCUCAGCCCCAGACCAGAAGACGCCAUUCGUGCACGCACACAGUACCCAUCGGACCCCGAACCGCGCGCCCCUUUGCAUUCAGAGCACGACUAUUCACAGGACGAAGACUCGCCCUUCAACGCCAUCACCGACGACCUCCGCACCCGCAUCAUCGACUGGAAGGGCCACGCCCUCUCCGGCCUCGGCCCCCUCCAAAUGUACGAUCUCCUCUCCGUCCGCCGCGACUCCCUCGUGCGCGAGUUCUUCGUCUAUCUCUUCAAGGAGGCCAUCAUAUGCGUCGUAGAAGAAAAAAAGAGAACCCUCGGCCGCUUCCUCCCCUCCCCCUCCUUCAACGACUCCUCCACCUCCACCUCGGCUUCCAGCAGCCAGUCCCGCGGCGUACUCAGGCUCAAGGGCCGCAUCUACGUCCGACACAUCAAGCAUGUCACCGCCAGCACCUCGACCGGGGAGAUGAGUCUGACCAUCGAUAUGGAGGACGAGCGUCUCGACUCCUUCAUCCUCGUCUUCAAAGAACGCUCCGCCCUCGAAGCAUGGAGAAGCCAGAUCCAAGCCCUCGUCGACUCCUUCCAGCACCGACCGCCACCCCUCCACCUCCAGCAGCAGCAGCAACAAGGCUACGAUCGCGGCCUCGACAUGGACGAGUUUGGCGGGAGCGGCAAGGCGGCGAGGGUGUUGAGCGGGAGCACGGCGACGACGCGCCAGAUGCAGCAAAAACUAACAACGCUGGGCGAAGACGACGUCCUCGGCUACUUCGAGCCCUCCGCCGGCCUCGUCACCCCACACGUCUCCGCCGGACCCUCCAACUCCCUCGCGCCCCUCCCCCACCCGCCCCUCGACCUCAUCCUCAUCGUGGCACUCCCGCCACCCAACGCGACCCCGAGUACGGCCGCCCUGAAGAUGCGCGUGAUCAAGGCGUCGCUUGAUUUUGUGCUGGCCUCGUUGGCGGUGAAGGAUAGGCUGAGCUUGGUGACGUUUGAGGUGGGCACGGGCGGUCGCGUACGGAAGACGCCGUAUUUGUGUGUGGGGAGGGCGCAGAGCAGGGCGAGGCUGUCAAAGUUUAUUGAUAUGAUCGGCAUGCAGGAUUCACAUGAGGACGAGUUCUUGGUGAGGGCUUCAAAGGAUGAAAAGACGGAUGUGGUGACCGCCGUCAACCAUGGUCUGGACGUCGUACUGCAGCGCAAGUCGCGCAACCCCGUGUCGGGGAUGAUCCUCGUCAGCGACGCCGCCGACAGCACGCGCCGUGCCCAAAUGGACCUCGUCCUCGCCCGCGCCGAAGCCGCCAACAUCCCGAUCCACUCCUUCGGCUACGGCCGCUCUCACGACCCCGCCUCCCUCUGGCUGAUGUCGAACCACACGAGCGGGACGUACACGUUCGUCAAAGACUGGUACGACCUCCGCGGCUGUCUCGCCGGGUGCGUCGGGGGGAUGAUGUCGAUCGGGCUGCUGCACAUGAAGCUGCACAUGAAGAUCGUGGACGGACAGAGGUUCAGGAUCCGCAAGGUCUCUGGCGGCCCCUCGUCCAUCCUCUCGUCGGACGGACAUGAUGUGGAUAUCGAUGUGGGGGAGCUGAGGUAUGGGGAGUGCAAGGAGAUGCUGAUCGAGCUCGAGCUGGACAACACGGACAUGCGCAAGCCCCUCUCGCCCUCGCACGGCGCCUCCCAGUCCAUGAACGCGACAGACCAGUUCGUGCAGAGCCUCGGCCUCGACGCGCUCUCCAUCGACGACGGCGCGGACCUGGUGGAGGGGAUGAUGGACAGGAUGAUUGACGAGGUGCCGGUGUUCGAGGUCGAUGGCUCGUUCUUUGAUCCGGCGGCGGGGAAACAUGUGUCGAGGUUGGCGCAUCCGGUCCUUUUGACGGUCACGCUGUUGCCCGUGGCUAGUUCGUCGCAGCAGCAGCAAGCUGCGAAGGCGCGCCCCUCCGAUCCCGUCAUCGUGCGCCGCCGAAUGGAGCUCCUCGCCUCGGACAUGAUCACCCGCGCCCUCGUCCUCGUCGCGCGCAAGAACUACGCCCAGGCCCAAAAGAUCAUGAGCGAGACGAAGCGGAUCCUGCACACCGUCCUGCAGUCGAUCUCCAAGACGCUGCCGGCGCCGAACAGCGAGGGCGCGACGGUGCGGAAUCGGAAGGAGAUAUUGACGCUGUCGGCGGUGAGGGCGAUGCAGGCGAUGUUGCAGGAUUUGCAGGUGUUGGCGGAGGCGUUGGAGGAGAAUGUGGAGCUGUUUGCGCAUGAUCAGAGGAAUUUUGGGGCUCAGCAGGCUAUGAUCUUGCGAGACCAGAAGAGCUGGAGUGGGAGGAGUGCGACUGAGCGUUUGUUCUGGACGAUGGACAACUCGAUCGAGCUGGUCUCGCGGAGUACUGAUUGGGUAGCUCGCGAUUGAUGACUUGAUAAAAAUUAGGGAAAGAAAGAGUCGUGUCAUUGUGUUUGCGGGCUUACAGCUGGUUUGGCGAUACCCUUUCUCUUUGCUCCGUUUCUGUUUCUGUUUCUUUUUCGCGAUGGUGAUGAUGGGUUUCGCGAUGUGUUUUAGGUCUCGUCGUCGUCGUCGCCCCUAUCCACUCGUUCGUCUUUCUAUGCUUGCCUCGACUUGAUAUCCUUGAUAUCCCCUCCUUUUUCUUUUUCUUUGACACUUACCGCGCUGCCCCCACUUGGUUUAUCGGUUUAUUCUUUUCCAUUCCAUUCCGCAUUCAAUUUCACAUUCCAUUCAUUUCACACACAACAAAAAACCUCGUUUGUGAUAUAUCCUGUCAUACUGCUUUACCCCCUCGACUUUUUGUACCAGUGCUAGUGACACCUCGUUGGGGAAUCGUGUGUUCUCGAGUCCAAAUUGCUCUCUCUCGGCCCCUCUGAGAGUUGGGAACGCGUUUUUCAUUUUCGAUUUUUCGAUUUUCUUCACUUCUUUCCUUUUUUUUCGAUUUUCGAUUUUCUUUCUACUAAUUCUGAAUAUUAUGGAAAAAACUGUACUGUAAGAUUCUCUAGAUCAUCUCUUAGGCGGAGGUAUGAGGCGUAUAUAUAUUAAUUUUCUUGACAAAUU